AUGACUGACUCCAAGGGAAGUAAACUGCUCCGAGGGGACUGGGUUGAAGCUCAGGCAACCCAGCAUUUAGACGAGGAUAUACCUGCUGGUCACACUACUUCUAAGAAAGUCAGCAAAGAAGGGCACAAGGGAUUGCUGUCGCAGGAGACUGAUUCUAAGGAGACGACGUCUUCUACCAAAGCGGUGUACACAAAGUUGCCUCCCCACCCCCGUACCACUGGAAUCAGACUUCACAACAAGAAAACGGAACUUCUCUUCCAAGUUCAUGAUCAGGUUGUAGCAGAGGAGCAAGCUCACCUCAACAAGGCCCCAGAUGCAACUGACUAUACCACCACUAAACAGCACUACCAGAGCUUACAUCCCGAGUAUCCUGAGAUAGAACACGAGGUGACCAGAAAGCACAAUUUCCUGAACGACCAGCCUGCUACUUUCUGGCACGAACAGAUCGCCGGCAAGGCUAUGCCAGGUCUAUCGGCUGUAGGUGACUCUGGAAAUCCGUACCGGAAGAACGCCAAGUUCUCAACACCCCUUGAUGACGUGAGAACACAGGUCACUUCCGGGUAA